AUGUCCACGUCCCCCAGCUUCCACCCCCAUGUACCUCAGCUCCCCCCAUGUCCCUCAGCUCCCCUUAUCCCCCAGCUCCCCAUUAUCCCUACUCUCCCCUAUCUUCCCCCAUCUCCUCUCAGCUCCCCCAUGUCCCUCAGCUCCCCCAUGUCCCCCAGCUCCCCCAUGUUCCCCAGCUCCCCCAUGUCCCCCAGCUCCCCCAUGAUCCCUCAGCUCCCCCAUGUUCCCCAUCUCCCCAUGUUCCCCAUCUCCUCUAUGUCCCCCAGCUCCCCCAUCUCCUCUCAGCUCCCCCAUGUCCCUCAGCUCCCCCAUGUUCCCCAGCUCCCGCCAUGUUCCCCAUCUCCCCCAUGUCCCUCAGCUCCCCCAUGUUCCCCAUCUCCUCUAUGUUUCCCAGCUCCCCAUGUUCCCCAUCUCCCCCCCAUGUCCCUCAGCUCCCCCAUGUCCCCAGCUCCCCAUGUCCCCAGCUCCCCCAUGUUCCCCAUCUCCCCCAUGUCCCUCAGCUCCCCCAUGUUCCCCAUCUCCCCCAUGUCCCUCAGCUCCCCCAUGUUCCCCAUCUCUCCCCCAUGUUCCCCAUCUCCUCUAUGUCCCCCAGCUCCCCCUAUGUCCCCCAGCUCCCCCAUGUUCCUCAGCUCCCCCAUGUUCCCCAGCUCCCCCCAUGUUCCCCAUCUCCCCCAUGUCCCCAGCUCCCCCCAUUACCCAAUCCUCCAGUACCCCCAUCCUCCAGUACCCCCAUCCUGCAGUACCCCAUCCUCCAGACCUCAGUACUCCAUCUUCCAGUACCCCAUCCCCAGCCUCCAGUACCCCCCCAGUCUCCAGUACCCCAGCCUCCAGGUACCCCAUCCUCCAGUACCCCCCAUCCUCCAGUACCCCCACCCAGUCUCCAGUACCCCAGUCUCCAGUACCCCCUCUCCAGUGUCCCCCAGUCUCCAGUGCCCCAGUCUCCAGGACCAGUCCUCCCCCAGUCUCCAGUACCCAGUCUCCAGUACCCAGUCUCCAGUACCCGCAGUCUCCAGUACCCCAGUCUCCAGUACCCCCAGUCUCCACUACCCCAGUCUCCAGUACCCCCCCAGCCCCAGUACACCCAGUGUCCAGUACCACCAGUCUCCAGUACCCCCCAGUCUCCAGUACCCCAGUCUCCAGUACCCCAGUCUCCAGUACCCCCAGUGUCCAGUACCACCAGUCUCCAGUGCCCCCAGUCUCCAGUACCCAGUCUCUAGUACCCCCAGUCUCCAGUACCACCAGUCCCCAGUGCCUCCACUACCCCAGUCUCCAGUACCCCAGUCUCCAGUACCCAGUCUCCAGUACCCCAGUCUCCAGUACCCCCAGUCUCCAGUACCUGAGUCUCCAGUACCCCAGUCUCCAGUUCCCCCAGUCUCCAGUACCCCUGUCUCCAGUACCCGCAGUCUCCAGUACCUGAGUCUCCAGUACCCCAGUCUCCAGUACCCCAGUCUCCAGUACCCCAGUCUCCAGUACCCCCAUCCUCCAGUACCCCAGCAUCCAGUACCCCCAGCAUCCAGUACCCCCAGCCUCCAGUACCCCCAGCCUCCAGUACCCCCAGUCUCCAGUACCCCCAGCCUCCAGUGCCCCCAGGCCUCCAGGACACCCAGUCUCCAGUACCCCCAGUCUCCAGUACCUCUAGUCUCCAGUACCCCAGUCUCCAGUACCCCAGUACCCCAGUCUCCAGUACCCCCAGUCUCCAGUGCCCCCAGUCUCCAGUGCCCGAGUCUCCAGUACCCCCAGUCUCCAGUACCCCCAGUCUCCAGUACCCCCAGUCUCCAGUACCCCGGCCUCCAGUUCCCCAGUCCCCAGUACCCCUGUCUCCAGUACCCGCAGUCUCCAGUACCCUAG